UUUAUUAUCCAUUCAAGAUUUGGUUUAAUACAUUGGUAAUUGUCAUUUAUUUAAUUUAAAGUAAAUUGUUUAAUUAUGCUUAAUAGUGUUUCUAUUGUGUAAACAAAUCAACAUAAGUUGGACAACAUAAAAUAAAAAAAUUUGAUGGUUAAUACUUUGAUAGGCUUAAGGAACAAGUUUAAUAAAUUUUUAUUCAUCUAACCGCUGAAUUCAUAACCACCAUUAUUAGUAAAAUCAAAUGUAAAUUGUGAUAAAUUGUAAAUCUAUUAUUUAAUUAACGACAAAAAUAUUUAAAUCACAUGGUUUUAAAAGUAUUUAUUCAAUGAUUGGAGGUUAUUUCUAAUGUUUACAUUGCCGGUCUUAAAUAAGAUGGUUGUUUAUUGGUUAACUUGUAUAUUGAACUGAAGGAAUUCAAUUCCCACUGUCAAUGUCCAACUACCAGCUGCUUGGUGAUGGCUUCGGAUACCAUCCCAGUUAUGGGCUUACUGGUAAUCCAUCGAAUAGUAAUCCUGGAGGCCCUGAACCACAACCUCCUGGAUCAAACAACUCAGUGAUGACAUCAAUGGGUAUUGGUAGUCCCGCUUAUGGAAUGAUUCCUCCACAUGCAGGUCCUAACACUCAUGGAUUACCACAAAGAUCCUUACCGCCAUUCGGUAUGCCUCCAGGUUCUUCUGGUUCGGGUUUGGUACAUUUAGGCGGCCCAUCUGGUCUUGGUGAUGCGUCAAAAAUGCAUGAUCAAUAUGCAAGUAGUGGUUUUCCUGGAGGAGCUGCACAAUCUGCCAUGAGAAGUGGUCAUUAUCCUACACAUGAUUCUCGUUAUGGUCACAGUAAUAGUGGUUAUCCAGUACCAGGCAUGGGUGGUGGACCAGGCGGACCAUCUUCUCUGGGUGGAAUGUCACAACACAAUGGAGGAAUAGUGCCUCAAUCCAGUUUAACACAGUUAUCAAGUUCUAAUAGUUAUCAAAAUCGUGGUUUAAUGAGUGGUUAUAAUGAUCAAAGAAUGUUGUCACCGAUACUAGGACCAGGCCCAGGAAGUGGAUACCCAGGAUCAUAUCCAUCUUCGUACGGUCCAGGACCAACAAGUGGACCUAGUGCAAGAAUUUGGCACAAUCAAGGAAUGAGUCAUGUACAACAAAGACCUCCAUACGGAUAUAAUCCUGCAAGUUCUGUUGCACCACCACCACCUCAUCCUCAUACAAGUACUAGUGGUCGAUCUAAUCGACAACAACAACAACAACAGCAACAGCCUCCACCACCACCUCCUUUUGGACAUAGUGCCAGUGAUUAUGGCUCUCUGCACUCGCAGCAACCAACUAAGCAAUCUCAUCAGCCUCUACCAACCCAACAGUCAUCGCAACAACAACAACAAUCGCAGUCACAAGCUCAACCCACCAGACCGUAUUACAGUUCUAGUAAUGAUAGAGUUGCACCAAGUUCCUCGUUGACUAGUUUCAUUCCAUCCGAAGCAUCAUCGAUGUCACCAUAUUUAACAUCGUCUUAUAAUAGUCAAAAUGUACCAGGAAACUCAGGAUCAUCUAGAUUACCUGAUCCAAAUUCAAUCGGUGCAAACAGUAACUCUAGACAACCACAUUAUACAUCUUUGGGUUAUCCUUCAGCUGGUCCAGGCUCAUCGAGUGCUGCAGGUAUGUUAUCUAGUAACACUCCUGGUUCAAUGAACUAUCCAGGACAACAAUAUCAAGGUUAUAGUGUGAGUCAAGGAUAUGGUGAUAGUUCAAGUCGACUGUCACCCUACACUAUGGGUCCAGGAUCGACAAGUGGUCAAAAUACUGGACCCAACAGUCCAGGUUAUCGACCACCAUUUAGUGCAUCUUCAUUAGCUAGUAUGUCACCUCGUAGGCCAACACCAACACCACCAGCAGGCUCUCCGAUGCCACCAACAUCACGAACACCGGAUCGAGGUACAACAACAUUGUCAACAUCAGGUCCAACAAAUAGUUAUCCAAGCUCGGGUCAAUUAACAAGUCCUAACUCAGGACUUUCUCCUGGUAAUAGUAGUACCAAUAAUAAUAAUAAUAAUAAUGCUACAAAAUCAAGUGGUUUACCUGCUCCUCCUCCAGGUUCAUCAUCAUCAUCUUCCUCAGUAACAGCAUCUUCAUCUGCACCAGCAUCUCAAUCAUCAUCUCACAAUGCAUCUUCAUCUUCAGCAUCAGCACCAGCAUCCCAAUCAUCAUCAUCAUCAUCAUCAUCGGCAUCUGCAUCAGCAUCACAAUCAUCUCAUGGUCCUGUAACUUCACAUCAAUCAACGCCAAUUAGUAGUCUUCAACAAUUGGAACAAAUGGUCAUGCCUCACCUUAAUUCGUCUUCAUCAACAGCGGCUCCAACAAAUAAAAUUAACUCAAUAUCUUCGAUAAUCUCAUCGGCAUCUUCAUCGUCAAACAACAGCAGCUCUUCCAAUCAAUAUUAUCCAACAAUGUCUGGAAGCAAUAUUCAUGCACCUCAACAGCAGCAGCAACAACAACAAGCUCAAAAGUCAGAUCAACAAUCAACAUCAAAUAUGUAUCCAAGAUUUCCAUCACCAUCGCCAACUUCAUCAGGCUCUGGAAAUUAUUAUGGUAACUCAGGUUAUCCACCAAAUAACUCUUCUUCAUGGAGACCACCAACUGCAGGAAGUCAACCAACAACUGGUCAAGGCUCAAACUCCAUGUCAAAUACUCAAUCACCUAUGAAUUCAUCGAUACCGUAUUCACCAGCAUCUCAAAUUGACACACAAUCUCAAAGUAAAGAAGUUCCAUCCCCUGGUAUCUCUAGAACUCUGACAUCGACUGGUCAAUCUGUCGGUCCCAACACGAUGACGUCAACAACGUCUAAUAAUAAUUCAAACUCAAUGACUGGACAGCAAUAUUCCAUGUUUGAUAACCAGAGUUACUCUGCAAGCUCUCCUUCUAUCGAUAAUUCAAAUUAUCAAACCCAGUCAAGCUCGAAGCAAGACAUUGUAAAUAAGAAUGUAAUGUCUCCUCGUAAUUCAAGCUCUAAUCAGCAAUCUCAACAACCGAUGUCUCCAUUCAAUUUCCGGAAUAUCGAAGCAAAUAAGACAUCUUCUUUUGGAUCACCACAAAUUGUUAAAGAUGAUAGUGGCUCUGAAAGUAAAGGUGACAAUGAUAAACAACAAGGGAAUGAUACAUCGAAUUCUAAUAUUUAUAGUGUUUUAUCAAGUUCAUCGAAUGCUGGUGGAGAUAACAGAAAUUCUCGUACAAACACUCCAUCAAAUGAAACAUUAACAACAAGAUCAUCUCAAGAAAAUAUGAAUCCUCCUGGUCCACCUAGUCGAUCAGGAUUAGAUUCUGGAUACCAUUCAAAUUACAUGUCUGGUCCUAAUGAACCGAGUUACGGUAUGGGUCAACAGCAAGCACCACAACAGCAACAACAACAAUCAUCAUCAUCAGAUAAUUCAAUGUACUCGAAUCAACAACCAGGAUCUCAACCUCAGUCAAGUUGGGAUUAUGGUAGUGGUUAUAAUCAAAGUUAUGAUAUGAAUAUGAGCAAUGAUGGUGGUAUGAAUCCAUCAUACAUGGGUCCUGAUUCAAUGAUGUAUAGUCAGAAUUAUAAUCAAGGUCCAGGAAUGCCUCCAGGAAUGAUGGGAAACCAAAUGAAUCAAAAUGAAUAUGGAAGUGGUUCUGUAAAUAAUGACAUGAGUCAAAAUUAUGAUCCAUAUGGUGAUACUUUUGAUCAAGAGCCACCAAUAGCUAAGAAGAAGGGUAAAGGUCGUCCAAGGAAAGAUCCAUCUGAACCCAAGAAAGAGAAGAAACCUCGAGCUCCUAGAGCACCUAAAGGAGCUGGUACUCGAGGUAGAGGAAGAGGAGCGCGAAGCUCCCCUGAAUCUCGUAUGGGCGCAUCACCAAUACAACCUUCACCCAUUAUGCCUGGCUCUAUGACACCUGGUUAUGAUAACUCAUAUUCAAUGGGUGGUAAUCCAAAUGAAAUGUAUCCAAAUGUAAUGAGUUCAGGUUCACCAUACCCAGGACCUGGUAGCCAAAUGAGUAUGGACUCUAAUAUGAGUGGAGGAAUGUCUUAUCCACCUCCACCUCCUCAACAUGCUCCACUUCCCCAUCAAAUGAAUCCUCAUAGUCAAGACAUGUAUGGUCAAUUACCACCACCUGACUUUCAACAUCGUCCAGAUUUAUCAAAUGAAAUGAUGUAUCCUCCUCCUCCUGAUCCUUCAAGAAUUCCAGUUAAUGAACAAGCAACUUAUAAACCAUUGCCUCCUGAUGGUCCAAUGUCUUACGAUUCUCAACACGUCCAAGAUGCAUCUCCACAACUUAAUCAACCACAACAUCCUCAACAAACACUAACUGAUGAAGAUCCUGAUAUAAUGCAACAUCAAGCACAACCACAGGAACAAUCACAGAUGCAACAGUUACAACCGCAGUCCCAGCAAUCACAAGAACCAAAGCAACAUUUAGAUAAAAAUAUCGAGGAAACAAGUGCUGGACAAACUCAACAACUUGAAUUAUCGAAUGAUAAUACAGUGGAGAAUGAUUUUUCUAAAUCAUUGCGUGAUGAAACAAUGACUCAAUCUUCUUCAUCUGAAACAAUUAAUAGUACAGGUAGCAAUGAGGGUCAACCUGGUGAUAUGAAUGAUACAAGUAAUGCAUUUCAUGAUCCAAAUUUAACUGAUACUACAAGUGGAAAUUUUUUCGGUGUGACGGGAGAUGAAAGCUCAAUGACUCAAAAUGUAAAUAUAAAUCAAGAUGAACAACAACAACAAAAGCAACAGCAACAGCAACAAUCACAUGAAGAUGAACCUAAGCAGCAUAGUGACGAACCACAUCAACAACAAGAAUCAAAGCAACAAGAGCUUUGCAACGAAAGUUUUGUGCACAAAGAUUAUUUAUCAUCGAUGGAUCAAAAUUUUCCAAAUCAAAGUUCAACUCCACCACCACCAGUUGAAGCUCCUCAGUUACUUCCUCCACCUCCUGAUUUACCGCCACAAUUACCAGAAAAUAGCUGUGAUGAUAGUGUUGUUAUUAGUAAAAUGGAGUUUAAUGAAGAACAAACUCCUUCCAGUACACCAGUUAAAAGGAAAGCCAAGAAAAGAAAAGCUAAAGAUAUGAAGGAUGGUGUUCCUUUUGAUGAAGGUCCUUUUAUGAGUGAAGGUGGUCAUCAGACUUUUUUUUCGGAAGAUGGUCAAGGGAGUAAAAAGAAGAAACGGAAAAGAAAGAAGAAAGAAGAAAACGAAGAUGCAGGAGAAGAAUUUGGUGAAGUUGGUGCUAUUAUAGAAGGACCAGCUGAUGAUCCAGAGAAAAGUAAGAAGAAGAAGAAGAAGAAGCCAAAAAAGAAAGUAAAUGAAGAAGAGAAAGAAGACGAAGUAAAACCAAGUGAUGAUACUUUAGUUGAAGGUGAAAUCAGUGUUCCACUGAUUGGUGAGAUUGAAAAUGCACCCGAAGAUACAACUUUUGAUGGAUCAUUGGGAAACAUUGAAGAUACUUCUUUGACCAAAUCAAAAUCUUCCGGAAAGAAAAAGAGACCAAGUAGAGCAAAACCAAAAUUGAAAGAUGAUUCUGGUAAAAGUAAAAAGAAAUUACCCAAAUUGGCGCUUAAAUUUGGUAAAUCAAAGAAAAGAAAGCGACUUGGAUCUUCAGAUGCAUCAGACAUUGAAAAGACACCACCACCGUCUCCAGAAGAUCCUGACAGUGCAGCAUUAAAACGUAGAAGUGCUCGUAAUACUAAACGACAAAAGUACACGGAUGAUAUUGAUUUAGACCUUUCAGCUGAUGAUGCAGAUCCAUUGGAAGCUGCUAAGCUAGAUGGAUCAAUAGGACCAAGUGACAAGAAAAUUAUUGAUAGCAAUGUUCAAGUGACCAAAAUCAGUGAAGAUACAAUGGUUGUUGAGAAGAUUAUGAGCUCACGAAUGGGUGAACGAGAACUUGAGGCAGAAGAAGGUGAAGAUCUGAAUGGAGUACAAACCAUUCAAGUGGAAGAGUAUUAUGUAAAAUACAAGAAUCUCUCUUAUCUUCAUUGUGAAUGGAGAACUGAAGAAGAGCUUGAAAUGGGAGACAAAAGAGUAAAUCAAAAAAUUAAAAGAUGGAAACAAAAGAAGGAAAGUGAAAUUGACAUAAAUUUCUUGGAUGAUGAACUUUUUAAUCCUGAUUAUACCGAAGUGGAUCGUAUUUUGGAUGUUCAAGAAAUUGAAGAGACAAUUGAAGAAGAAGUCGAAGUCGAUGACGACGACGAAGAUUCACGAAGUGACACUAAAGUUGAUAUAUUACCAGUUAUUUUGAAUCCAGAAAGUAAAACUGAAGAAGGUGAUGAAUCUGAGAAAAUGAAAUGUGAAUCAAUAGAUACAGGAGUUACAAUUGCUGCUGUUCCCAUAAUGCCAGAAUCUAGUGAUUUACAAUCUAAGAUCGAAGCUGACAACAAAAUUGACGAUGAAGUUGGUCUUAAAAUCGAGACUGAUCCCACAAAUGAGCCUUGUGUAGACGAAAAACAAGGUGACACUGAAAUUCAAAGUCAAGAAAUUGAAAUGAAAGUAGCUGAAAGUGAUGAACAACAGACCAAAAGCGAAUCUUUUGAAUCUGAAAAUGUUUCGGAAGCUACUGAAGAUAAAUCUGAUCAAGAAAUUGCCAAAACGAUAGAUACCAAUAUCGAUGUAAAUAUCUCUGCCGAGGUAAUUGGAGAACCGUCUGUUGAUAAUUCUGGUGAAAAGAAAGAUGAAAUUCCAUGCGAGGAACAAGAAAAACCAGAAGACGAUCAAAUAAUUACCGAGAAGGAAGUUAAAAUUGAUGAAAGUCAAUUAAACGACGUUAAAGACGAAUCAAAGGAAAAUAUCGAAAAUAAAGUUCCAGUUGAAAGUGAAUCAAAUGUACUACCAGUUAAACGUAAGAAGAAAGUUUUACGAAAGAAAACAACUCGUCAUUAUUUAGUUAAAUGGAGAGCAUUGCCUUACGAAGAAAGUACUUGGGAACUCGAAGAUGAUUUAGAUCCUUUGAAAAUCGCUCAUUUUUGGAAGUUUAAAAGUCCACCUCCAAAAGAUAAAUGGAAACCGAAGAAACGACCUAAAGCCAAUGAAUGGAAAAAAUUGGACUCAUCUCCUGCUUAUAAAGCAGGCAAUACUUUGAGAGAGUAUCAAUUAGAAGGAGUUAAUUGGUUAAUGUUUUGUUGGCAUAAUGGUCGAAAUUGUAUUCUUGCCGAUGAAAUGGGUCUUGGUAAAACCAUUCAAUCAAUCUCUUUUAUUCAAGAAAUGUUCAAAUAUGGAGUUACUGGACCUUUUCUAGUUAUUGCCCCACUUUCAACUAUCGGCAAUUGGCAACGUGAGUUUGAAACUUGGACUGAUCUUAAUGUUAUUACUUAUCAUGGAAGCUCAGCAAGUCGUAAUAUGUUACAAGAAUAUGAAAUGUAUUACAAGAAAGAGAAUGGUGAAAGACAUGAAGGUUUUUACAAGUUUCAAGUUAUGAUAACAACCUUUGAAAUUGUUCUCACUGAUUGCCUUGAACUUCGUGAAAUCCAUUGGAGAGCUUGUAUCAUUGAUGAAGCUCAUCGAUUGAAAAAUCGAAAUUGUAAAUUACUCGAAGGAUUAAGACUUUUAAAUAUGGAACAUCGAGUUCUUCUUACUGGAACACCAUUACAGAAUAAUGUAGAAGAAUUGUUUAGUUUACUUAAUUUCCUUGAACCAAAUCAAUUUUCAUCUUCUGAAGUAUUUAUGGCCGAAUUUGGUGAUCUCAAGACUGAAGAUCAAGUUGAUAAACUGAAAGCUCUUCUCAAACCAAUGAUGUUGAGAAGAUUGAAGGAAGAUGUUGAAAAGAGUUUAGCUCCUAAAGAAGAGACCAUCAUUGAGGUUGAACUUACUAAUGUACAAAAGAAAUAUUAUCGAGCUAUUUUGGAAAGAAAUUUCCAAUUUUUGACCAAAGGAAAUAGUAAAACUAAUGUUCCAAAUUUGAUGAAUACUAUGAUGGAACUGCGAAAAUGUUGUAUUCAUCCUUACCUGAUUAAUGGAGCCGAAGAACAAAUAAUUCAUGAAUACAAGCAGAAUAAAGGAGAUUCUCCAACUUUUCUUCUUGAUGCACUUGUCCAUGCAUCUGGUAAACUUGUGCUUAUUGACAAACUGUUGCCUCGUUUGAAAGCAGAUGGACAUCGAGUAUUAAUUUUCUCUCAAAUGGUUCGUUGUUUGGACAUUUUAGAGGAUUAUUUAUGUCAGAAGAAGUAUCCCUUUGAACGUAUCGAUGGAAGAGUUCGAGGUAACAUGAGACAAGCAGCAAUUGACAGAUUUUCAAAACCAGGAUCUGAUCGAUUUGUGUUUUUAUUAUGUACCCGAGCUGGUGGUCUUGGUAUCAACUUGACUGCAGCUGAUACUGUGAUAAUUUUUGAUUCUGAUUGGAAUCCUCAAAACGAUUUACAAGCACAAGCUCGUUGUCACCGUAUUGGUCAAUCAAAGAUGGUUAAAGUUUAUCGAUUGAUUUGUCGUAACACCUAUGAACGUGAAAUGUUUGACAAGGCUUCUUUGAAGCUUGGUUUGGAUCGAGCUGUUUUACAAUCAAUGAAUUCCAAUGCAGCUGGCUUAGGUGAGAAUGGCCUUUCAAAGAGUGAUGUAGAAGACUUACUCCGAAAAGGAGCUUAUGGAGCCAUCAUGGACGAUGAUAAUGCUGGUGACAAAUUUUGUGAAGAAGACAUUGAGCAAAUUUUACAACGUAGAACCCAAAUUAUUACUUUGGAAAGCGAAGAGAAAGGAAGUACUUUCUCUAAAGCAUCUUUUGCUGCUUCCGAUAAUAGAUCUGACAUUGAAAUAGAUGAUCCUAAUUUCUGGGAAAAAUGGGCAAAGAAGGCUCAACUUGAUGUAGAUGAGUUGACUGGUAAAAAUGAUUUAAUCGUCCAAGAACCUCGACGUCGAACACAAACCAAAAGAUUUGGUCAAGAUGAGCAAAUGUUGGAGAUUUCUGAUGCUGAUUCCAGUGAUGAGGAUGAAGAGAAUGUUUCAACCCGAACUCGUGGAGGAAAAACUAAGUUCAAGUUGAAGAAAGGUAAACGAGGUCGUGAACGAGAAGAUGAGUUUAUGGAAGACUUUGCACCUGGUAAUUGGACCAAAGCAGAAUGUUAUCAAGUCGAGAAAGGUUUACUUUGUUAUGGUUGGGGACGAUGGGAUAAAUACCUUGAGACUGGUAUUUUCAAAAGACACAUAACUAUUCAGGACAUUGAACAUGUUGCUCAAGUAAUUAUGCUUCAGUGUCUUCAAAAUGGUCGUGGUGAUGAUAAGAAGAAAGAGCUGACAUUUUAUUGGGACAUAAUAUCUCCUAGUGAUUAUAAAGUGGAAGAUGCUAAAGUGAGCAAAAUAAGUGUCGAAGAAGAGAAUAUAGUUCCAUCUCCAUCUUCAGGCUCAUCACGAAGAAGAUCAAAGAAAUCAAAAUUAAUUGCUCAACCAGUUGUCCAACCCAUGUUACCAAACGAAGCACCUGAAUUUUCCUUGAUUUCAUAUGACUGGGCAAAAGAAGACUUAUACAACCCUGACUUGUUGCUACCUGAAGAUUAUCGAAAUCACGUUAUCAAAAUAUCAAACAAAAUAUUACUCAGAUUUAAACUUCUAUGGUACUUGAAGACUGAGAUAUUUGGUGAACUCAGUGAUAAGAUUUGUAAAGAUAUUUCUUAUCGAGAUGCUCCUUUCUCACCUCCAAUUCGAGAUGGUUAUCCAGGAUUACCACCAUGGUGGGAUGAAGAUGCUGAUAAAUCAUUGCUCAUGGGAGUUUACAAACACGGUUAUGAUCGUUAUAAUCGUAUGCGUUUAGAUCCAGCUUUGUGUUUUCUGACUCGAUGUGGUCCUCCAGAUGGAACAGCCUUAAUUGCUGAACUUCAAUCUGAUGAUAUCAACAAAGAAGAUGAUGAUGAAAACGAAGCUUCCGAAGUUGUAAAUAACGAGUUUGCACCGAAAGAUGAUUCUAAAGGAAAAGAAGGUUUACCAAGCGGUAAUGAAGAGUAUAUGCCUUUUCCAUUACCUGGUGAUUUGAAUAAACGUUUCCGAAAUUUGAUAUCAGCAUACCAAAGAAAUGUUAAAAAGCAAGAGCGACUUGAACGUAAUGAAGCUGUUAUGCGGGAGAAGAGACGUGAAGCUGCACAAAGAAGGUGGUCCAAAAAGGAUGACUCAGAUUUUUACAGAACAAUCAUUUCUUUCGGUGUCGAGUAUAACAAGGAUACCAAUCAAUACGAAUGGUCCAGAUUUAGAUUGUUGUCUAAACUGGACAAAAAAUCUGAUGAAUCUCUAACUGAGUACUUUAAAUCGUUUUUUGCUAUGUGUAAAAAAGUUACUGGACGUUCACUCUCAGAAGAAGAAGAGAAUUACAAUUAUUUGGUGGAUCCUAUUUCCGAAGAUAAAGCUACUCGUGCUCUUGCUCGUAUCGAGCUUUUGUGUAAAAUUCGAGAGGAUAUUUUACCUCAUCCUGAACUUGAUGACAGGUUAACUCUUUGUCAAACAUCAAUUGAUCUUCCUGAUUGGUGGAUAUGUGGUCGACAUGAUAAAGACCUUUUAGUAGGAGCUGCUAAAUAUGGUUUGAAUCGUCUCGACAUAAACCUUAUGAAUGAUCCUGAAUUAUCGUUUAUGAAAAUAUUCCGUAAUGAUGAUGCUGAAUCUAAAUCUAAGGCAGAAGUGAAACAAAGCCAGGAAAGUGUAAAGAGAGAGACAACACUUGAGAUCAAUAAAAUUGAAGCAAAACCCAAAACAAAGGAUCAAAGUCCAAAAGGGUCAGAAAGUGUUAAGAAAUUAAUCAAAGAGAAUAUCGAAGAUAAAAUGGAUAAAGAAGUCAAAAAAUCUGACGAUGGUGAAGAGAUUAAAACUGAAGUCGCUGAUGAUGAAAAGAUACCAUCCGAAUCAAACGAUGCCAAAGUUUCAGAUGAUCAAUCUAGUGAUUUAAAAUCAAAUGAAGCUGAAGCUGAAGAAGCAUCGGUGGAAGAGAAAGAAAAAUCAGAGACAAAGGAUGAAUCUUCAAGUAAACCAGAAGAUCUUGAAAAAAUGGACGUUGAUGAAACUAAUGAAAAGGAGUCUCAAUCUAAAUCAGAUGAUCAAGAAGAAAAAGAGGAGUUAGCUGAAGAAAAAGUUAGCGACGAAGAAAAUUCAAAAAUGGAAAAAGAGAAAGACCAAGAAAAUGUUUCCAACGAAGAAGAUGAGAAGCGAUCUACCAAAGAAGAAGAUGAUUUACAGAAACAGGCAGAUAUGUCUGUGGACGGAGAUCAAGUGAGACCUUGUGAAUCAUCGGAAAAUAAUAUUUCUGGAGAAAAGAAAGAAGACGCUGAAGAAUCUCAAGUUCCUUCGGAUGUUGAUAAAUCAAUUGAUGAGACUAAAGAAAAGGAUGAGUUAGAAGCUCAAGAGGAAAAAGAAAAAGAAAACACAGAAGAGGAACCAAAAACGGAAGAAGAAAAGGAUGGUAAAGUUUCCAAUGUUGAGGAUUCUGAAGAGAAACCAGAAGAUAGCAAAGUUGAUGGCGCUGAGGACAGUGAAAAGAUGCCUGAAGAAGAAAGUAAGAUCAAUAAUGAAAAUGAAUUAGAAAAGGCUGACGAUCUUUCGAAGAGUGCCGAAAAAGAAGAUGAUUCAAAAGAAAAAAUUGACGAAUCUUCGAUGAAAGAGAAAGAGUUAGAUGAAUCUACCGAAAGUCAAGAAUCAAAGGUAAAAUCUGAAUCAGAAGCCGAAAAGAAAUCUCAUCCAACUCAUAUGGAGAUAACUAUUGUGAAAAACGAAACAACUCCAGUCGAAUCUAAAGUUGCUUCUGGCAAUAUUUUAGAGAACGAUCCUAACUUCUUUUCACAAUCAGCUGAUAAUUUCGCAAGUCGUGGAUUCAUUCGAUGGCCAAAAGAACGUGUACUUAUUGUACGUUUAGAGCAAAUUUGUCAUUGUGUUGAAAAGAAUGAAUGGCCUUUCUGUAAACAAAAUCUGUUUACCGCUCUUGCAACUGUACCAUCAACACCAAGUAUUGCAACAGCUGAUAGUUCACCUCGAGCUGCUUCUCCAGUGAGCAUUUCUAGUAUGAGUAGAGAGCCUACACCUCAAGCAACUCCUGACAAUACACCUCGUCAUGAAUCAGUUUCACCAUCACCUGAUCCAUUCAUGUUUGAUGUGGCCAAUGCUUCUGGAAUGAUUGAUUCUGGAGGUCGACUUCGAUCAAGAGGUCGACGAAGACGUCGUUAUGAAAUGGAUCCACCUGAUAGAGUUAAAUUACGAAAUCUACUUUCUCAACCUGACACUCCAAUGCAAUCAUCAAAGAAGAACCUGUCUCAACACAGCAGUCAAAUGUUGGCAAAUACUCCUCCCUUUUUGCCUCCUUUGUUUUCGAUGUCUCUUCCUAACUUCAGAAAUGAGAUGGCCAAUGAUGAUAAAGGAUCUUCGAUUCUUAUGGCUCAUUCUCAUUCACAUGGUUCAUCCAGCAAAUCUCGUUCCCAUGCACCUCCACCACCAACUGUUGGGCAUCCUUUCGCUUCUUUAUCGUCCAUUAAAACUCCUCUCACUUCUCCAAUAUCUGACCAUGCUAACAAAUCCAGUAAGUCACAAGGAGCACCACCACCUGCCCAUUCUUCAUCAAACACUAAACGCACACCAAAUCUCGACACAUUGGAUCUCAAAUUUGCUAAACCAGUACCUGGUCAACAGCCAAUGACUCCUGCAUCUAAGCCAUUGCCACCUCCUGAUAAGGUGGUUAAACGAUCAUCUACACCUGUAUCCUUAUCAUCAGUACUUGACUUGAGCGGUCCCAUAAGGAAAGAUUCUAGUUCAGAUCGUUCCAAAGAGGAUGACUCCUCAGCCUCCGGACCAUUAACUUCACCAACUUUAACUAGUCGAGGCAAAUCAGGUAAACGUAUUGGAAGACGCAUAGAUGAUCUUGCAACUAACUUGUUGCAACGAAAGAAGAUGCAGCAAGAAAAACAAGAUGAUCCAGUGCCAGAGAAACCUAAAUUGUCAAGUCCAAUGGGCGCUGCUAGAGAAUUAAAAGCGCGUUCUGAACUGGAUAAGGUCGAAACACGAGGUUCAUCAAGUUCAAAAGAUCGUACUAGAACACCACCAGCAGCUCAUUCCUCUUCUCGUUCGUCUUCAAUGUCCGCAUCUCUUGCACGAGAUAUGCAAAUGAAACCUCCGGAAAAAGCAAACUUUGCUACUCCUAAAGUAUUUCCACCUCGUUCUGGACACAAAGAAUCAACAUCAUCAUCUCGACAACAAUCUGUAUCAGCUGAUAUUGCAGGAAAUCUCUCAUCAAAUUUACCCAAAUUAGAUGCAAGUUUUCUGGACCAAACCACUCAAUUGAAGAAAUACCUUGAAGAACAUCCCGAGCUUUUAACCAAUCCUAACUUUGUUAGUGCAUUUGCAAAUUUAACUGGUUCUUCUCCCUUAUCAGCUAAUACGCAGCUUUUAGAGCUACCCGAUAACAGGAAAAGAAGCUCUCGUCGUUCAAAGGUAGAUGUUCCUCAACAUACACCUCCCAAAACACAGUCCUUACCACCACCAGCACCAAUGUCAAGCCAUCAAUCGUUGGCUAAUCCACUGGGCUUCUCCGCUGAUGAACAUAUCCCAUUAGUUAAUAGACUAAAUGGAAAGAAGCUCUCUGGAUCAAAAGCUCCAACUCUUAAGCAACUUCCUGAUUUCUUGAAGAAAAAUCCAAUGUACGAACUCGAUCCCAAGUACGCAAAUCUACUUAGAGAUAGCCGUUCAUCCUCUAAAGCAUCGUCUUCACACUCAAGAGAUGUUCCUGCUCCGAGCACUAUCCGAACUCGAACAAGUGAUCGCAAAUCAGGAGAAAGUAGUAACAACAAAUCUAAAAAUAGUACAAAUGAGUUGAGUCCUCGUCGGGCAACAGCUGCUUCGUUAUUAGCUAACCAAGCAGCUGCUAAUGCUACCGCUAUAUCAUCAGCGACAACUUCAACCACGCCUGCAACAAGUUCCAGUUUUGGAUUUCCACCUUCUACUCUCAAUCCAUUUGGAGGAAAUUCUAAUCUUCUAUCAAAUUCUUUCCAUAAAAUGCUCAUGGAUCCAAACUUUAUCUCAGCAGCAGCUGGUAUGAGCUCUGCUUCAUCAGGAUCUAGAAGUAACAAUAAUAAUGUAUCAUCAUCUUCAGCAGCAACAACAUCAACUAGUUCAGCAGCAAAUGCGGCCUCUUCAAUGCUUUUCCCAUUCGGAAUGGGCUUAGCCAAUCCACUUUUCAACCUUCCAGGCCUAGGAUUGAAUUCUGGUUUCAAUCCAUUCUCAGUCCCAGGGCUUGGUACUGAAGGUAGUAAAAAGAAAGAUCAUGGCUCUUCAAGCAGCAGUGCAGAUAAAAAUAAGAGUAGUUCUGAUAAAUCUGGAUCCAGUAGUCAUAAAAGUGGUAAAAACUCAAGCUCCAAAAAUGCUACCCAAAAUCCGAAUCAAAACCCGAACCAAAACCCGAGCCCCAAUUUGAAUGACCCUGCAAGCUUUUAUAACUCUCUUCCAUUCCUUUAUUCAAAUAGUCUUCUUUACAGUCAUCUCGGACUUGGAGGAUUCUCUAUGCCUCCUUCUCCUUUCGCAUCUUUAGCACAAAGUGGACUUAUGAAUGGAUUAGGUAAUUUAGCAGGGUUAGGAACAACUUCAUCUACCUCAACAACAACCACCACAUCAUCUGCAUCUCCUUCUCUUGCAAAGGGCUCCAAAUCCUCCUCCAGUCAUGCUAAAACUAAAAACAGUCCAAGUUCGAGUUCCAGCCAACCCAACACAAAUCCAACUCCUAGCUCAUCUAAACAUCCAAGAGGGUCGUCAUCUUCCGCUUCAUCUAUGAAAAGUCCAACUCACUCUAUACCUCAACAAGCUAAGUCAACUUCAAACAUUUCUGGUCCCACCAUGACUCCAUCCAUGACUGGAGCUGCUGGCUUAGCUGAUUCAGAUGAUGAAAGCUUAAGAUCAUUAAUGGGACAAGAGGAUGACGAAGAUGAUCUCAAUGGAGACUUGGAAGACUCAAAUGAAAAUCUCGACACCGAUACAGAUUCCUUAGUUGAUACUGCUAGUAAAAAGAGCAAACUGCGAUCUAAUGUUAAAUCUAAUAUGAAAAGUGGCGUCAGAUAAGUCAUCAAAAAAGAGUGCAACUAUGAAUUUGAAACUCUUAAUUAUUCUUAAGAACUGCUUGUAAGGCAAAAAAAUCUGUGAUAAUUUUAUGUUGUGAGGCUCACAUUGUACUUUCGCUGUAUCUUUCCUUAUUCAUCACGAAGGGAAAAGUCCAGUCUGUUAAUUUUAGCAUUUAAAAGGCACAUAAACUGAUUUACUUGAGUAAGUUCAUUAUUAACUGCCGAACUCACAUUGACCAUUAUAUCAAAUAAAAUGGUACCAUAUUUGUUUACCUUGAUUGAAGAUCAUGACCAGUCUUUAAUCAAAUAGCGUUGAUUGUAAACAUUCCGACUUUAUUCAUCUCUACCUUUAUCUCAAUCACUGUCAUCAACAUCAACAUCAUCAUCAUCAUUACUAUCAUCAAUUUAAAUGACAACAUCUUCACUCAUCUAACCAGGAUCAUGGAUCACUAUUCUUCUUUCACAUAAUUUUCAUUGCCAUCUUCACCUUCACCUUCAUCUUCAUCUUUAGAUUUAAAUCAAACACAUUUUCAAGUCCCAAUUCAUCAUUUGCUGAGCAUCUUAAUUUUCAUCCUUUUAUUUAUAUUGCCGUAUUUUUUAUUAAUUGCUGCUUCGUUUAUAAUUCAUGCGCAUUGCUUGUUUAUUUCACCAAUCAUUAUAUUAAACGGCAAGAAUCGGCAAUAAUCCCAACAACCCUUUCUCAUAAACUUCAUAUCUUCAGUUUAAUCUUGUUUUAUUCUCACAACUUGAUCUAUUGGGCUAUCUCAUUAAGUAUAGAAACAACAACAAACUAAAUUCACGCAACAACUUAAAAACAAACAAAAUUGUCACAAUAAAUCUCCUUUCCCCUCCAAUCUUUCUCAUUCAUCCUCUGUUCCUUGUAAAUCCUUUGAUCAUAAAAUUGAAAAUAAAAUUGCACAUAGUGCUUAAAAUUUGAUAAA